AUAAACAUACGAACAUGCAGUAUUUCUUUUUCCCUCAGAGGGUGAUGUAACGGUAGCCAAAAGUUGCCGCCACCAUCUCAAAGUUAAUUUAGAAUUUGACAUUGUAUCGCCUAUUUUUUUUUGGAGAAAACGCAAACAGAUGAAACAAUCGGAUCACGAACUACGUCGAGAUACAGUGUUUGCUGAUUUAGCCUGAUUGUUUGGAUGCCGAGAAUAAAAAAUAUAACUUAUCGCCGCGAACUCAAGCCUCUCCAACCAAUAUAGAAGCGGCUAUCAAUUUGAUCGAAAAGACAGCUUCACAAAGUCAGGAGACUUCUCAAGACGUACCAGUUUGUUUAAUUAAUUGUUUUCACGAAUUCAUGAAUUUGGAAACGAAAAUCAUGUGCAUUAGGAGUGAAAUGUGAAAACAAACUUGCUGGCAUGAAAACAUUUGAGAGAAAAAAAACUGCUGAUUUUUAUCUGUGGGCUUAGAAAAAUAUGAAGAUAUGCGUUACAAAUGGAUGAUUUUUGUUUGACUUGACACGAUGCAAAUACGGGAGUCUAGAUAUCGCUGGACCGAAAUUAAUUAUGUUUCACUUAUUGUUGAUCGAUAAUAGGUAGGUAUUUGUUAAGUGAAAUAGGAUUGUUUUAUCGAAGAUCGAACUUUUUCACUCACUCGUUCUAGGGACGAAUUGGUGUUAGUAGUACAAAGUUUUGCUGGAUAGUUUGAUGUGCUAGCACUGGAUAUCAGAAUCCUUCUUUUAGCUAUGACCGGGCAUGCAGAUAUGUAACUACAGCAGCCUAAUUUUUGCUGGAAAUAUCACUGUGUUGCUUAUAGUCUCAAUGACUACUGAUUACUGGGAGUAUCGUAGCUUUAAUCAGACUAUGCUGAAUGAAACACUAUAUAUGGCAAAUCAAACAGAAUUCGACGAACCUGUAGACACCGACUCUUAUGUGUCGUUAUGGUACAAGAAGAAGAUGCUUCCCAAACGAAAAGACUCUUUUAAAAAAGAGGUAUUAUACCAACCUCCAAUUUUAGUGGAGAAUUAUUUCAGUGUCACAAAGAACAUAUCAGACUCCCUCAUGAAGAAAUCUGCAGACAUUCAUUCAGACAUGCUAGCAGGAAUGGUGGUACUAUUUGAACAGUAUGGGAACCUUUUUCGAGACUGUGAUGCUCUGGAAGAGGGAGUCCGGCAGCGACUAUACCUAAUUCAGAAGAGGGUAGACAGGUGUGAGUAUCUCAGUGACAGGGAGAUUGAGGCGGCAAGUGACGUCACACAACUUAUUGCAGUAAAACAUUUGGAACGUGCAGCGUGUGCGUUUGCUCUGUUAUGCAUGGUGUCGAUGGUAGCUGGCCUAAUUACGGGUGCUUAUGGUCUCUUUGGUCACCACACUCGAGUUCUUGUUUGGGCAUCGUGUUGUUCGUUAAUGUCUGGUAUAUUAUUAACCCUUGCAAUAGCACUUUUCCAUGGAAAGUGCUAUAUUUUACGACGUACUGAACUAUUACAUGGAUACCGGAUUCCUCACAAGAAAAUAAUCAACGAAUCUCGAAUGUACAGUUUUGGUUGGUCAUUUUAUUUGGCCUGGAUUUGCGUUUUCCUGUGUUUCUGUUCUUCUUUUGUCUGGCUGUACAAAGCACAGGACCCAAAACAGACGAAACUUCCGGGCGUGGACUACGUCAGACACCGAUACAGAAGAGGAAGGUAUUCUCAUUUCGAGGAUUGACAAUGAUUAUUUAUAAAUGUAGUAUAGGGUAUUCUUUUUACCUUUAUUCUUUUACAUAAUUACACAGAUUUGUAUCAAUGUAGCCUAGUUUGUAUGUAUAGAUUAAUUUUUUUCUCUCUCUUUCAUUUUUCAAAGACAUAGUAAUUUAUUGAAGGACAAUCAUGCCUUUACACCUUUUCAUCCUAUAUUGAAUAAGUUCAAUGCAAUCAGACAGGACACUGUUUAAAGAGAUUGGUGUAUUAUUAUUCAUAUUAGAGUAUAUAUAUCUAUCUUUAUAUAUAUGUCUUGUUUGUGGACACACUCAAACGAAAUAUUUGGUGGUUCUUUUUUUUUAAUUUCUUCUCGAGUUAACAUGUACAUGUAUUGAUUUUGAGAUAUCAUCCGCGCAUAAUAUAUAUAUAUAUAUAUAUAUAUAUAUAUAUAUAUAUAAUAUAUAUAUAUAUAUGUAUAUAUAUGUGUGUGUGUGUGUGUGUGUAUAUGUAUAUAUUCCCGCACUGCUAAAUUUUAUUACUUGCAGGAGAUUUAGUUUCAUCCUAGUGAAAAAUAAAAGCACAAAUACUUUCUGUGUGAGAAGUUUUACAUCACGUUAUCCAUUUGAAUCAAUAUUAAAUUACUUUUGAUAUAAAGGAUGACCAU